ACCAACCGCACUUGGUCAAGUCCCAUAACUCUGAUAUGUAUUUUUGGCAGAUAUGCCCCCUUUUGGAGUUAGAAAAUCCUGGUUGAAGUUUUGCCUGCAAGUUACUAUCUCCAAAAAUAAUGCAGAUACUGGAUUGAGGGUAAUAUUCCUGCUUUUGGGACAACAGUCGGAUAGUCGAGCACUGGCUGUCUUACGGACAGCUUUUGUUACAAUAAGUCUAAGAUACAAAAAAAGAUUACACAAAGAGCUACAACUGCUGACCAAGGAGCCUCCAAAAGGUGUUAAAGUUGAUUCAGAUAGUGUACAUAAAAAUAUAACUGAAUGGAUUGUGGACCUAGAGGGUGCAGAAGAAUCCUUGUACAAAGAUGAAAAAUUUCAGUUGAUGUUCAAGUUUAGUCAGCGAUACCCCUUUGAUUCUCCUCAGGUGAUGUUUAUAGGCAAUAACAUUCCACUUCAUCCACAUGUAUAUAGCAACGGCCAUAUUUGUCUUUCUAUACUAACUGAUGAUUGGUCGCCAGCCCUGUCCGUCACCUCAGUUUGUCUUAGUAUUGUCAGUAUGCUAUCUAGCUGUACAGAAAAGAAACGACCACCAGAUAAUGCAAUAUAUGUGAGAACUUGUAGUAAAAAUCCGAAGAAAACAAGAUGGUAUUACCAUGAUGAUGAUGUAUGAUAAAUGAAUGGUCACUUUGUCAUCUGUGAUUUUACAGACAUACAAUUCUAUUUGUAACCAGCUGUUUCCUCACAACACAGGCUGUAUAUUGUACUGUUUACAUAACUCAAUGCAACACAGGUUAAUUAUUGUACUGUUUACACAACUGGAUGCAACACAGGUCUUUUAAUGUAGGAUUCACAUAAUGACAUGCAUAUACACUAGGGUGCAUACCGUAUGAUUAACAGGCUUGUGUAUGGAUAUUUGAUGCAAGUUUACACUGUUCUUAGUGAUGAAGUGUGAAUGUGCUAUUUUUAGUUCAACUUUAUAAUAAUGUGAGAGAGGAAAUAAAUGUGAGCUUUAUGUUUAUUUCACAUAUUUAGUAAAAAUGGCUUUAUAUAUUUCUUUUUAUACCUUUUAAAUUAUUUACUUUAACUCAAUAAAUAGUAAAAGUAACUUUUUUUAUUUCUUGGGUAGUUUUUUAAAAGUGAUAAAAAUCCAUUUUGGUGAGAUCUUUUCUGUAUUUUUUUAAACAAAAUUGUUAAACAUUGAUUUGACAUUAUUUUCAAAAUCUUCCUAGAAUAAAAGUUUUGCCAGCCAAAAUAUUACACAAGAAUUUUGCAUUUAAAAAGUAUUUUGAGCACAAUUUACUUAUAUUGAUUCAGAAUUAAAGUAGUUCUAGGAAAAUGCAGUGAAAAUAAAUGUUGAUGAAACAGUAACAACCUUUAGAAAUGUCAAAAUCAAGUCUUAUGUUAAUAUGAAACUGCUCUUGGCCCAUAUUCAUUAUUGUUAUGCCCCAGAAGGUGGGCAUAUUAAAAUCGCACUGUCUGUCCAUCUGUGCGUGCGUCCGUCCGGACGAGGUGCAUCAAUGUAAAUUCUUGUCUGGGAUGUAACUCUGCCAUCCAUAAAGGGAUUUUGAAACAACUUGGCAUAAAUGUUCACCAUAAUAAGAUGAUGUAUCAUACGCAAGACCCAGACCCCUAUCUCUAAGGACAAGGUCACACUUAGAAAAACAGCGUUUGUUUUGUGUCCAUUCCAUAACUCUGCCAUCCAUGAAGGGAUUUUAAAAUAACUUGGCAUAAAUGUUCACCAUAAUGAGACGACUUGUCCUGCGCAAGAUCCAGACCUCUAGCUCCAAGGCCAAGGUCACAUUUAGAGGUCAAAGGUUAACAGGGUCUGUUCGUGUCUAGCCCAUAACUCUACCAUCCAUGAAGGGAUUUUGAAAUAACUCGGCAUAAAUAAUUACCGUAAUAAGUUGACAUGUCACACAUAAGACCCAGUCCCCUAGCUCCAAGGUCAAGGUCAGACUUAAAAGUCAAAGGUUAACAUAGUCUGUUUCUUGUAUGGUCCAUAACUCUGCCAUUGAUUAAGGGAUUUUAAAAUUACUUGGCAUAAAUGCUCAGGGGGGACAUUAAUUUUGUCACUAAUAGCAACAGCUCUUGUUUUAAUUUUGAAAUUUAUGCUUAAAAUGACAAAUUAUCUUGUUGCUCUUAAUACUGAAUUAGCACUAGUUGAACGGAACUGUGCAUGAUUGUUCAGUCUGCAGCCACAGACAGAUCAGUCAAGUUUUAUCUGAACAAAUGUAUGAAUAACAGAAGAAAGGUAAAUUGAAUAUUUUCUGUCUGUAAAUUUCAGAUUUUAAAUGCUGAUGAAUAUCAGCCCAGGGCAUUUUAGAUAAAAUCUGGUAAUUAUUGCCUGUACUGCCAUUAUUGAUCAAGAUUAUUUAAGUUUUAUCAUUUUUGUAAGAAUGUGUAAGAGAUAUAAAAACAUCUUCAAGAAUAUGGUAGGGCUCAAAAUUAACACUAGCAUACUGGUAAAAUGCCAAUGAAAAAUAAAAAAUGUGAUCAGCCUUUCUGUGUACUCUCAGAUUUUCUUAGUUAUAAAAAUGAAAUGAAAAUGAUGGAAGAUUUCACAGUCCAAUUUAUUGUUAAAAGUGUUGGUAACAAGUUGUUUUUGGGCCAGCAAAAUUCAAAGAAAUAGACUUUAUUUUGCACUAACACCAUUCCAAGAAAUUUACAGAAUAAUGCUUUAUUUUUCUAUGUAGUUGUUUUCAACAAAUUUACAUAAAGACGGUUAUUGAUGUACAAUUUAUAUUAAAUUUCUAUCAAGGAAAAAUUUUGAGUGAAGUUUAUUUAAUGCUAAGUAAGAUUUCUUUGCAAAAUAUUGAGUGCAAAAAAGUUAAAAGUUACAGCCCUGUAAAAUUGUUUUGUAGCUGUCAAACCAAGUCAGAAGUUUGAUAUCAAAUGUGACAAUAGAGAACAGUAAAAGCCAAAUUUGAAAUAUAUUUUGUAAUAAUUUCAUGGAGUUGCAAUAAUUUUUUUUUAUACAUGAUUAUUAACCGUGGUGUAUUUCUUGAAGUUUUAAAAAGUUUCAGGAUAAAGUAAAAUGCAAGAGAAUUUUUUUUUAAGUAUUGAAUAUCAAGUGGAACAGAAAAGGAAGGGUUUUGUGAAAACUUUACAAAUUCAUAUUUGUUUUGUAUUUUCUUUGUACAUAAUCAUAUGAGCCGCGCCAUGAGAAAACCAACUCAGCUGUUGAAAUGUAUGUAAUCAAUAAGAUAACAGAGUUUGGAGUCUAGUAUAUGAAUGUAACAUUUCUAUUGGUCAGUUUUACAGUCAUGCUAGAAUCAGCUGAUUGAAUGAGCCACGCCAUGGGAAAACCAACGUAGUGCAUUUGCGAACAGCAUGGAUCCAGACCAGCCUGCGCAUCCGCACAGUCAGGUCAGGACCCAUGCUGUUCGCUUUCAAAGUCUAUUGCAAUUAAAGAAACCAUUAGUGAACAGCAUGGAUCCUGACCAGACUGCGCGGUUGCACAAGCUGGUCUGGAUCCAUGCUGGUCGCAAACACACUGUGUUGGUUUUCUCAUGGCACGGCUCAUAUACUCGUUACUGCCAGGUAUGCAGAAAGCUGGAUUUAUUUGCAUUGUCAUAUUUAGUUGGCUAAGUGAACAAAAUGAAAGGUAUCUGAUUAUGAAUGGUUGGUAAUGUAUAGUUGCAUUUAUCAUUGUUUCAGUAAUCCUCAGGAAAGUCAGUUUUCCCGAUAUUUCUUACCAAUAUGAUUAUACAUGUAUUGAAUGAUUUGCCCGUCAAUAGCCAAAACUAUUUGCCUGAGGUCUGAAGGACUAGGGGAAACUACCUAGACUUUUGAACUGAAAGCCAUUCAAUAAUUGUCUUGUCAUCAGAAAUAUGUUUCUUUUUUUGUCUCAGUUUUUUACUUUAACCCUGCAUACUUGUGAAGUCAUAUAUAAGAACUCAUGUAAUAAUAGAUGAUAUUGAUACAAGAAAAAGAUGCAGAUAUUAAGCCAAAUAUGAUUUUUUAUUUUAUUUCAUUUACCAGAAUAACAUAGGAUUAAAGCCAGAUCUGAUAUGUGGAAUCAUAAUGUAUGCCAUACACAAAUGAUAUAUAAGUUACAACCAUUUAGCACUAUGCUGCUAUUAUCUGUUAUUGUGGUGUUUUUUAAAAUGUUUUAUAAAAUGGUGAUUUUAAAUGAGCACCACUAUUCGAAAACCGCAUCCAUGCAGUCUGAUCUGGAUCCAUGGUGUUUGCUUAUCCGUUGCAGACCAGUGCUGAAAUUGAUAAAUGAACAAUAUGGAUGUUGGGAUAAACAGUAUGAUGUAUGGUGAAUUUACUGAUCUAGAUUUUUGCUGGUCAGAAAGCCUUAACAUUGGUCUUCGCAUAGUGGCACUUAAAUAUUCAUCCAAUGAUAACCCUUACCCUGCUAAAUU